AACAAACCCUACUUCCGGUUAUUUAGACGUUAACAGUUUAUGUUGAUCAGAUGAGCCCAGUGACUAAUGUAUGCUGACGCCAGUGGUCGGAUGAAUGGCCUCUCCACCUCAUAUACAGCCUCUGAACCUAGAGGCAGCAUCUUUGGUACAAAAUGCAGGUCAGAUCCAGGUUCAGCUGCCAUCAGCUGGUCAGCAUCCUCCCUUAGCAACCGCUGUGUCCACUCCAUCACCAACAGCUCUGUCUGUCACCAGUCCCGAAGGCAUUGAUUGCUAUGGCAACGAAAGGCAAGCUCUGACUGACCAGGCCAAAUUUUUCAACAAUUCUCUACUGAGUGAUGUCAUUCUUGUAGUCGGAGGAAGCCGCUAUUUUGCCCACAAAUUGAUUCUGGUGCGGUCAAGUGAUGUGUUUGAGAGAAUGCUCAGUGACCAAUGGAAGGACUCACAAGAAAAAGAACUGAAGCUGAUAGAGGACAGUAUAUGUGUGAGUAUGUUUCCAAGGUUCCUCACUUUUUUGUACAGCUGUCACAUCCGACUGAACAUGGAGAGUACGCUGCCUGUACUCGUCCUCGCUGACAAAUACAAUGUGAAGGAUCUACAAGAGGUGUGUAUCAACUUCGCUUGCACCUGUAUUAUACCAAAACUUCAGCUCAAGGACGUGUUCCAUGUAUGGUUUCAAUACGCCACCAAGUGCUACCACCAAAGACUCAUUAGCUCCUGUGUGACUGCCCUCUCAGAAAAAAUGGACGACAUCAUCGCCUCAGUCGAGUGGGAGAGAGAAUGGGGUCACCUUGACAGAGAACAGCUCAUUGAAUUCUUGAAAAGUUCAUCCCUGUCCAUCAAAGAUGAAUUUGAAUUAUGGAAUGCCACGUUGAAAUGGCUCACUUCUUCCCAGCAUCCCAAACGUCUCUCCCAAUGUCUGAAAAAAGUUGUGGAAUAUAUCCGGUUUCCGAUGAUGACGCCCGAACAAUUGACUGAAAUAGAAGCUUCAGAUAUUGCCCUGAAGAAUAAAGAUCUGUUUCAAAAGCAUUUCAUGAUAGCAUACAAAUAUCAUGCUCUGCCGUUAACACAGAGAUCAUUAGUUAAAGAGUUUCAUGGACCCUGCUUCCUACUACGUAACUACACUGAUCUGAGAUGGGACAAACGCUUUGUUGUACCAAUGUUUUCUGCAAUACCAAGAGGAGCAGAAGUGAGUUUCCGCUUCACAACAAGAUCAUCGACCUUCCCCCCUCAGACCUGGGAAUGGGAACUCAAGGUGUACCCAAGGGGGUACUCGUCAACUGCUGAAGAUUUCCGCUGUGUAAUCUACUCCAACCUUAUACUCGACCAGCCACGUCCAGUUGAGUACUUGCUGUCCGUUGUUAGCAGGUCGGAACUUAUACACACAGUAUCUGGAAAGAAAAAUUUCUCAAAGACACGAUACACAGCUGACACGGAGAUGGACAAGAAGAUCACUGUCGCUGAGCUCAACGAGCUGAACUCUCCUCUGUUGGUGGAUAACACACUGGUUUUACAGAUUACACUUAAACCUGUUGAGUAACCAUAGCAACAGUCAUGGAGAAAUUAAAAUGUUACUUAAAAAAAGAAAGGAUAAGAAAAAAAACGAAAAUAUCUCAGCGAAAAUGUGCUUAAAAUAAGGAUACUUACACCAACAUAUUUACAGUUGCUGGAUUAUAUUUUGAGACCAAAUUUGUAUAUUUUAAUGCAAACUACAUCUGUAUAAUGUUUCUUUGUCGCAAUAUGUAGCGACUAAUGCAGCAUAAUUUCUGCAGAUAAUUACAGGAUAACUGAUCUGCAUAUGAAUUCUGAAAUAUAACUUUUUUACAAAGUUUACUGCAAUAUUUGCUGUCAACAUUUUUCAAGAAGCCUGACCCAAGCUCUCUUUUCUGCAUCCUAAGGAAAGGUCAUAGAGUUUUAUACAUUAUGGAAGUGACAUGUUUAAUACCAAGAAUUUUAUUGAAUAUUUUAUCAGAUUUUUUACAAAAAAAGAAAAAAUCAAGGAUUUGGGAUAUUUUAUCAAUCUUGUAUUAAGGCUAAAUUUAGAAAUAAUCCCACCCAUUUUUAUUGUAAAAUUGCUAGUCCACGUUACUUUAAGUCAAACAAAGUUAUCUAUUGGCCCCCUGGCUUAUUACAGGAUUAAUAGGGGACUGUGUAAUUUGUAAUUCUGUGCAUAAUUUAUUCUAAUGGUUUUGAUUGGUGUUUACAGCGGGUCUGGAAUCCAAGUAUUUAUAAAGUAUAAAUACUGUACUGACAUAACUUGGUCCAGAAAGUCUAUAUCAACAAAUCAAUUUGUAAGUUCUUUAAUGAAACAUUAUUAAACUGUGAAAGUAAUAAUGAAAAGAAUUUCAUGGAUAUUUUGUAUUGUAAUUUUGAUACAUUUAAUAAAUAUAUGAAGUUCAAUGAUAUGAUGGAGGGGGAAAAAAGAAGAUAAAUCUAGGUCACAGUGACUUAACAGGUCAGGAGUUCAGAAUGUUUUGGAUUUUUUUUUUAUAGAUCUGAUCCAUUUCUAUAACCUAGGUAGUGAAUAAUUAGGGAAGGGAAGCUUAAGUGUAACCUUGGCAACAUGGAUGACAUGUCUUUUGUAUAGGCUCCCUUAUAACUAGUCCAGUAUGUUUUUACAAUGAGAGAGGGAUGGGGUCUCCAUGUUACUUUGAAAACAUGGGGUAAUCAUGGGUUAUUGUUUUUUUUGGGGGGGAAAGGUUGUGUUUCAUAAAUGAUUGGUUGUGAAUUUUAUAUACCUUAUAGGGUAAUUGGUUUCAUUGUAACCAUGACAACAUGGCUUAUACCAAUAGUAAGUUAGGAGACUGAGAGGGAAUUUGUUGCUUAAACCAUAAACUGGUAACAUUGGGUAUAGGUUGUACGUAAGGGAUGAAAUUGGUAUAAAUAUAUGAAUAAAUGGGAAUCAAUGGGGAAGAAUUGAAUAAUUUCUACCAUGACUUCUCGGAAGAUAUAGGUUGUGAGGUAUAUGGAGGAUUUGAGUUUCCUCAUAAUCAUUACAAGGUGGCUGAUUAUAAGCUAGUUCAUGAAUAGUGGGAGAUAUAUCACAUCAUGCCAUUUCUUCUGACCUUGACAAUCAGAGCUAUAUCAAAAGAUCUUGUAUAGAAGCGAGGGGUACCAUUCCAGAUAGAGGAGUAUAUAAUACUGUAUAACCAAUUAUUUUUGCAUGAGUUGUCUUCAUUUUCACAAAUUUUACUCAAAUGAGGAAAUUAAAUUCACGCGGAUUAAAAUUUUGAUAUCCAGAUAUGUGAAAAGCAUUUUGCAUGCAUCGUCAAAUUUCAAAUACUUUUGCUUCGUCAUUCAAUUAUCAGGUGAUCUAUGAAGGUACUUUUAAAAGAAAAUUUCAAAGAAACAGCAUUUACAUCACAGAUUAAAUUAAUGUGAAAAUAAUUGUUUCAUUAAUCAUCAUUGACAAAAUAUUACAAUCCAUAAUUUUGGAAAGAGCUUGGUAUUGUUUUAAAAAAUGACGAGAAUAGUUUAAUAUCUUGAGUAAUAGCUUGGUAUGUAUGAAUUUCUUAUUUGAUGGAUAUAACGAUAAUGUUAAUACAGUCAAACUUUCUUUUCCCAAACUGUGAUCAUUUAAAGACCUUACUUAACUCGAAAUAAAAAUUCAGUAAAAAUUAUAUAUAAGAUGUAUACAGUUUCUACAAAUACUUGAAUAUCUCGACUUUUUUUCAUUUGAUCCAAUUGAUUAUGAAAUAAUGAGGUUUAACUGUAAAUGCCUUGUGAAUUGUAAGUGAAGGCAUCGUCCCUGCAUAAAUAACUGGUUAUAUGGUUAUUCAAAUAGUAGAUAUUGUAACGUUUGUAUUUAUUAAUGAGUGUGUCUUUGAAUUCUUAAAUUAUAUAAUCUAAAAGUGUGUAUCUUUGAAUUGUUUUUUGAAAUUCGGCUUUGCAUUCCAUUUUGAUUUAAUUUUUAUAUUUUAAACAAACAGUAUCAGGCAUUUAACCUUUAUUUUCUGGAUCUGUGUUUGUCAUUGCCAUAAUUUGUACCGUUAUUAUCACCGGUAAAUGGUGUAACAUUGUGUUUGUCAAUGUAAAUGUCAAAUGAUUUUUACAUUGUCAAGCAAAUUUCUGAAUUUAAUGUGGAAAAAACAUGUAUUUCAUUUGUAGAUGUUCAUGAUGAAAGAGUCAUUUAACGCAAAAAAUAGUUGACUAGAUAAGGUAUCAUUGUCAAAGGAUUUUAGUUUAGUUUACAGGAUUUUUUUCCCUUGUUUUUAAUGAAGGGAUACUUUUUAUGAACAACAGCAAAAACAAUAUUUUUUUGGUCCAUAGAUUUUGAAAUGUUACAUUUUAGGCAUAAACAGAUCUCCAGAUAUUAGUAAUGGCUUUUGAUAACUUUUAUCUAGUACAACUAGAAAGUAAAAUAAUAUCACCAAAUUUCAUCUUUUUAAAUAGAUAUUGUGGUAUAACCCUUUGGAAUGUGAUCAAGUUAUCAUGAGUCAUGUUAAAUUCAAGUUUAUAACGAGUUUUCUCUACUAUCCAGCCAGUGCUUUAUGGGACCAAUUGGAUUUUAUACAAUUUUUUUGUUUUUUGUUUUUGUUCACAAAUCUUCAAAAUCCACUGGGAUUUUCAUGGCUUUAUGUGCAAUUUAAAGUAAAAUAUUUGUCCUGGGAAAUUAACUUGAAGUUGAACAUUACCUGGAUUUGUUGAGAAACAGUCAGGAUAAUUGUUGUUAUUGCCAUACAACUAUAUAUUUUGUCUAUAUAACGACUCGCUAUUUUGUAAAACUGUUUAUAAACAUUCUCCUGUAAACGUGAUGAUCGAGUAUUAUUGGUGCUUUUUGUAUUGUAAAAUUUUAUAUGCGAAUAAAUCAUUUAAAAUCUU